GCCGUGCCGACUCGCCGAUUUUUUUUUUUUUUUUUCAGGUGAAAUAAAAAAAAGAAUAAAAAUAUAAUUUAUAUGAAACAGAAAUCGAUUUUGUAGCUCUUCCUCUCGUAAUUUUUGCUCUUAUUAUUCUCCCAGACAAGAAGCUGCUUCUCUCCGAAUUUUAGGGUUUCCAUUUCUUUCCCUUCUCCUACAAUCAAUUAAUCGAAACCCUUAAUCUCUACAUCCAUCAUCAGGCUACAUCAUCCUUGUCGUUUGCUCCCUUGUUUCAACUAAGGUUCAUGUCUGAUCUUGAAGUUCAAGUCCCCACUGCCUUUGAUCCGUUUGCUGAUGCAAAUGCUGAGGACUCUGGUGCUGGAACAAAGGAAUACGUGCACAUUCGUGUUCAGCAGCGUAAUGGUAGAAAAAGCCUGACGACUGUCCAGGGACUUAAAAAAGAGUAUAGCUAUAGCAAGAUCCUUAAAGACCUUAAGAAAGAAUUCUGCUGCAAUGGCACUGUUGUCCAGGACUCUGAAUUAGGACAGGUUAUUCAGCUUCAAGGUGAUCAGAGGAAGAACGUCUCGACGUUCCUUGUUCAGGCUGGUCUUGUGAAGAAGGAUAAUAUCAAGAUCCAUGGUUUUUGAGCAAAUUCUAGAUAUACUUGUUGUUCAUGUUUGCGCAACAGCUUGAAAUUUGCGGAAUCAAUCAGCCAGUCUUAAAGGCAGUAUAAACAAUCACUUAUCUAUUAAUGCUUUUUUUUUCUUUAUAUUGUGUCAGAAAAAAAAAUCUACUGGUUUGCUUAUGAGCGAAUAUAAAUGUAUGAUGAACUUUUUCCUCGGCGUUUGUAGUGUGAGAUUAUCAAUAAAACUUGCUUU